AUGGAUACUGAUGCAGAUCCAGUCGAGAAUCGAGGCAACGAUGAGGAAGAGGAAAACGAUGAAGAUAAUCAUUACGAGUACGGUGAUGGUUUCUUAGCGGACAGUGAUGAUGGAGAAGAAGAAGAAGAAGAAGAAGAGAAGCAAUGUAGUGAUGACGAUGAAGAUUUCAGUCUCCACGAAGAUGAUUAUCAGCUUAUACAAGAAAACAACGCCAGUUCCCAAAAGUUCAAACGUUUGAAGAAAUCUUCAGAGGAACAUAACGAUGGAACUUAUGAUGAUGAUGAUGUUGAAGAAGACGAGUUAAGAUCUUUCAUUAUUGACGAAGAUGAUGGUAGAGUGAUGGAAUGUUCUAAGAAAAGGAAAUACAAACAAGGAAUCUCUAGUGAUUACUUUGGUGAUCCUGAGAAGUUCUUGAAGCUUCGAAAAAAGGAUUUAGCGAUGGAGAGAAAGCUAGAAGAUGAGUUUGAGCCAACUCUUCUCUCUGACAAGUACAUGACAGGGAGAGACGAAGAAAUCAGAAAGCUUGAUGUCCCUGAGAGAAUGCAGUUGUCUGAAGAAGAAACUGGAACCGUUCCUGUAGAUGAAGCUAGCAUUGAGGAAGAGAGCAACUGGAUUUAUGCUCAGUUGAAUCAAGAAUCUUCGGUUGAAAAAGAUGACAUUUCAAGGUUCUUGGAGCUGUUUCAUGUGCAGAAGUUGGAGAUACCGUUUAUUGUCAUGUAUCGGAAAGAGCAAUGCCAAAGUUUAUUGAAGAGUGAGACUAAGUUGCAUAAGGUCUUGUGGAUGAUUCAAGAUUUGGAUAAGAAGUGGCUUCUUCUUAGGAAAAGGAAAACGGCUUUGCUUGGUUACUACACGAAACGUUUUCAAGAAGAAGAAGAAUUUGAUCUGAAUCAAUCGUUGAUCAAGUCUCUGAAUGCCGCGGAAACGGAGAGAGAAGUCGAUGAUGUAGACUCAAUGUUCAGCUUGCAUUUCCCUCUAGGGCAGUACAAGAGACCUAACAGGACAUCACAAUAUAGCUUCUGCGUCAAGUCAGGUCUCAGAGACGUUGUAAGCAAGUUAGGGUUUAGCGCUGAGAGAUUAGGGCUCGCGUUGUCUCUAGAGAAAGUACUUGUUGAUGAUGAGCUUGAAGAUGCUAAAGAAACACCAGAGGAGAUAGCGUUUAACUAUGUCUCUCCAUUGUUUCAAGAUGCUCAAGCUGUUCUUAAAGGAGCGAGGCAUGUCGCUGCGGUUGAGAUAAGCUGCGAUGCAUCCAUCAAGAAGUACGUUCGUAGGGUUUACAUGGAGAAUGCAGUGGUCUCUACAAGUCCAACACUAGAUGGGAAUGUAAUCAUAGAUUCUUGCCAUCGGUUUUCAAGUGUUAAGUGGCUACGCGAGAAACCCUUAAGCAAGUUUGAUGGUGCUCAAUGGCUUCUCAUACAGAGAGCAGAAGAAUAG